AUGGGCAACCAUGAGUUUCAUAAGGCAAAGUCAAAGAUAAAAAUAAUAAACCUGAUCGUCGUCGAUGACGUGGCGAAGCUGUGGAGCAUCGACCUCCACGCGCGCGUGCUCGGAGCGCCGGAGUACUGUCACGCCAACUUCACGAACUACUUCACGCACCGCUUCUGGUCGACCCCUGCCUACGCGGCGUCGUUUAAGGGACGCGCCGCCUGCUACUUCAACACCGGCGUGAUGGUGAUCGAUCUGUGGAAGUGGCGCGAGGGACGCUACACGGAGAAGCUCGAGACGUGGAUGCGGAUCCAGAAGCGGAACAGGAUCUACGAGCUCGGAUCGUUGCCGCCGUUCCUCCUCGUCUUCGCCGGCGACGUAGAGCGCGUGGCGCACCGGUGGAACCAGCACGGCCUCGGCGGCGACAAUCUCGAAGGGCUUUGCCGCGACCUGCAUCCCGGUCCGGUGAGUCUCCUCCACUGGAGCGGCAAGGGGAAGCCGUGGCUCCGAAUCGAUUCCAAGAAGCCUUGUCCGUUGGAUGGCCUUUGGGCGCCCUACGAUCUGUUUCGCCAGUCUCCGUCGAUUUUCUCCGAUUCGUAGUUAGGGUUUUUGGUUUUUCGCCGCGAGGGUGCAUGGUUUUACCGUGGGGAGUGCGUCACCCGAUUGCUGCUCGCCCAGCUGGAAGGAUGUGUCAUGUGUGUGAUAGGAAAUGAGACGAGUGCGACGAAAAUGUGUAUACGUGGAUUGUGGGUGACGUGGUUAUGUCUUUCAGUGAUGUGAUACGGUGACGUAGACAUAGAGACCGUGUUUGGAUGAAGAUGAGGAUGAUGAUUAGCUUUAUGCAUAUCCAAAAUAAGGGAAGAGAAAUAGGAAAAAGGCUUGCUUAUAUUGGAUUAGAUUUCAAUUUUUUAAAUUAAUUAUAAAAUCACGUUGAAGGUUAAAAUUACAAAUAA